AUGCCGGUAGACGCGAUCCACAUCGCGGCGGUCUUCAUCGUCUUCGCCGCCAGUAUCUCAGGCGCCGGCUUUCCGGUGGUGGCGAAGAAGGUAAAAUGGAUGAAGAUACCGCCUGGUGCCUUCUUCUUCUGCAAGCACUUUGGUACUGGAGUGCUUAUAGCAACAGCCUUCGUCCAUUUACUGCCAACGGCUUUUCAAUCACUCAACGACCCUUCGUUGCCAGCCCUCUUUACGGAGAAGUACCCUGCCAUGCCUGGUGUCAUCAUGAUGGGAUCGCUCUUUGUUCUGUUCGUCAUCGAGAUGUGGCUCAACUCGAAGACUGGAGGUCACAGCCACGGCAGCGCCGAUGGACAUGAAUUUGCUGGAGGAGCUCAGCAAGGUGUUGAAAAUGCCUUCAACAACCCCAUCAAGCGCGUGCAGAGCUACGAUUCGCAGGUCACCAUGGCGUACCCAGCCGACAAGAAGGGCCCAUGGGUAGAAAACACAUAUGAGGGGUCCAACUUCCCCUUCGGCAAGCAGGACGACAACGAACUUGAAGUCAAAUCAGAGAUGCCACCGUGGUUCAUCGUCUUCUACGAACAAUACGUGCGCCAGCGCGACGAGAUGAUGUCCAUGGUCAACCGCGCUAUGCCCGCUCUACCCAACUACAACCAGCCGCCGCCCUCGGAUGUUGAGAAGCAGCAGUCGUACUUCGAAACCGAUGUUGAGGAAGCCCCCGUUGACCCCGCAUUGCUCAAGAAACUCUCCUCGCAGAUCACGCUUAUCGAAGGCGGUAUUCUUUUCCAUUCGGUUUUCGUUGGUAUGACUAUCUCGCUCACCGCAGACGGUUUCAUCGUUCUUCUCGUUGCCAUCGUCUUCCACCAGGCUUUCGAGGGUCUUGGUCUGGGCUCGCGUAUCGCCGCAGUUCCUUACCCCAAGGGCAGCUGGAAGCCGUGGGCGCUCGUUGUCGCUUUCGGAACCACGGCUCCCUUCGGUCAGGCUCUCGGUCUCGCAGUUGGCAAUGCUUUCGACCCUGAGAGCCCGCUCGGUCUGAUUCUCAUCGGUACAUUCAACGCCAUCUCCUCGGGUCUUCUGCUCUACGCUGCGCUAGUCGAUUUGCUGGCAGAAGACUUCCUGUCAGAGGAAGCACAGCACACCUUGACUGGCAGCAUGAAGAAGAAGGCUUUUUGCUACGUCCUCAUCGGCGCGGCCGGAAUGUCUAUCGUCGGCGCUUUCGCCUAAGUACCACGCCUUUACUUCUCCAACUACACUCGUGGGGCGUUCGACCCAACGCGUCACGAAUCUACGAAUUACCACACGCAUUACGUCUCCUCAUUGUGACUUUACGACCCAGCCCUACGGCGGCUGGGCAUCACAUGCGUAAUCAAUCCUCUUUCUCUAUUCCCUCUCAUUUGUCACGAAAGUUGGAGACGCGAGUAGCCUCCAGUCAGUCAACGUUUUAGGCGCUUGCAUUGGGCAAGGCUGAGACUUGGGUCAUGCAGCUAGUCAUGUACGACAUGUGCGCGGGUCUUGUACACUAUGGGAUGGGGGAGUCGUUACGGUGUUCUCGGCUUUACAGGUCGGGCUCAAACAUUAUUAUUGUUUUUUAUCAUGAAAGAACGUCUAAAAAG